AUGACGGAGCCUGCAACCGAGCAGCAGCCGCCGGUGCCAGCCGGGGACUCGCUCCACCACCACGCCGCCGGCACCGGCACCACCACGGCUGCCGCUGCCUCACAACACCAAACCCCGAACCCACCACCACCCCCGUUCGCGCCCAUCUUCGCCCUCGUGAACAACACCUCGACGCGGACCACCCACCACCCGCACGUGCGCUACAUCUUCAGCGACGACGAUCCGGACGUCCUGACGCAGGCGCUCGCCGAGCACUCGGACGCCCACAACAUCGACGCAUCGGGCUCCGACCCCACCAACCAUGCCAUGAUACUCGACCUGGCCCCCACCAACGACGCCGAGGGCGGCAACACCAAAUACAGCGUGGCCUGGUCGUCGAGCCUGUCGCCGUCGUGGGCCGUGCUCGACACGCAGCUCAGCCAGAUCUCGCCCCCGUCGUCCGACGGCGAGAACAGUAGCAACAACGGCGGGGGUGGGGACGGCGACGACGGUGAUGGAAGCAACAACAGAAACAUCAACAACAGCCGCCCCGACAGGCUGAUGCUGCGCAUCGAAGGCGUCGAGAGCGGCGCCCUCGGCUCCUCCUCGACCUUGACCGAGCUCCGCGUAUCCAGCGAGGCCAACACCAACACCAGCGCGAGUGGGAGCGGGAGCAGGAGCGGUCAGCGGGACCGGGCCGACAGCGAGGAUUACUCCGGCAUUGUCGGCGAGUUCGAGAGACGCAUGGCCACGCUGCGCAAGGUUGUCAACGCGAGCGAGGACAGACGACGGAUGAUCCGCAGCACCCACCCGGACGAGGAGCAACCUGAACCGACGGCGGUGCAGGUGCAGGAGCCGGCAAGCGAGGAGAAAGCAGCGGCGGCGGAAUGA